AUGACCUCUCCGGCAAAGCUGCACGAUGACGAGUUACUUCGAAACAAGCCUCAUUAUGAAGUCUCUGAUGAUUCCGGGGAUUCCGAUAUUGAACUAGACGAGUUAAUAGAUGAAGAUGAGGCGGAUUUGCUUCCAAGGACCCGUCACGAUCCGUUGAAACAACAACACAUUGGCACGGAACAGCUCGAUCAGUUCAUAGCCCGGAUGCGGGCCUGGCGGAUACGCAAAAGAAGCAUCCUCAUCUUCGCUAUAUUCGCCGUUCUCGUUGUACUCGGCGCAUUGUUUGUUUGGGGAAAAUAUACACAGACGCCUCCGGAGGGCAAAUCGCCGCCGUGGUAUCCCUCCCCCAGAGGCGGGAGUGUUCCUCAAUGGGCCGAGAGCUAUGAGAAGGCGGCCAAGAUGGUCAGCAAAAUGACCUUGGCGGAAAAGGUUAAUAUCACUACGGGCACCGGAUGGGCCAUGGGGCUCGCGGUUGGGAAUACUGGACCAGCCAUCCAUGCUGGCUUUCCUUCUUUGGCGUUGCAAGACGGUCCGUUGGGCAUCAGAUUUGCCGACAAUGCCACUGCAUUCCCGGCAGGUAUAACGGUCGGUGCUACUUGGAACAAAGAACUCAUGUACAAGCGAGGUCAAGCACACGGACAAGAAGCGCGAGAGAAGGGUAUCAAUGUCUUACUCGGCCCUUCCGUUGGGCCCCUGGGACGCAUGCCUGCCGGUGGCCGCAACUGGGAAGGAUUUGGGCCUGACCCGUAUCUUCAGGGAAUUGCGGCAGCAGAGACAAUCCGUGGCAUUCAAGGCGAAGGCGUCAUGGCCACAGUCAAGCAUUUCGUCGCGAACGAGCAGGAACAUUUCCGUCAGCCAUGGGCCUGGGGCCUCCCGCAUGCUGUAUCGUCCAAUGUUGAUGAUAGAGCAAUGCAUGAGAUAUACGCCUGGCCCUUCGGCAAUGCCGUCAAGGCGGGAGUUGCCAGCGUCAUGUGCUCUUACAACAUGGUCAACAACUCGUAUGCAUGUGGGAAUUCCAAGCUGAUGAACGGAAUUCUGAAAGACGAGCUUGGAUUCCAGGGAUUCGUCAUGUCUGAUUGGCUGGCACAGCAGUCCGGUGUCGCAAGUGCACUCGCAGGACUCGACAUGUCAAUGCCAGGUGAUGGGUUAGGCUGGACGGAUGGCAAAUCCCUUUGGGGACCUCACCUGUCGCGCGCCGUUUUGAACGGCUCUUUGCCGGUAUCUCGGCUUGAUGAUAUGACGCUACGAAUUGUUGCAUCGUGGUUUCAGCUUGGCCAAGACGACACGUCCCGGUUUGAUGGGAAAGGCCCCAACUUUUCGUCCUGGACAAAGCAUAAAAUUGGACUUGUUAGCGACGGAAGCUCCUCUCCGCAGGAGAGGGUUGAAGUGAACCGCUACGUCAAUGUGCAGCAUAAUCACUCGGUUAUAGCCAAGGAGGUGGCAAUCGAAGGAACUGUGCUUCUGAAAAACACUGGUAUCCUACCACUGGCUCGUUCUGGUGUUCGUCCUGAGAUGGAGCGCAAGCGGGCUGGCAAAGCCAAUAUCGGCAUAUUUGGAGACGAUGCCGGACCGGGCCUCGGUCCAAACUUUUGCGAUGAUCGAGGCUGUAACGAGGGGACCUUGGGCUCCGGAUGGGGCAGCGGAGCCGUCGAGUUCCCCUACCUAGUGACGCCAGAGUCUGCUCUUGUCGAAGCAUUUGACUCUAAUGCUGUCAAUGUGUCGUCUUACUUGUCGAAUAAGAAACCAAGCAAAGUCUUGCUCGAGACAAUGGAUGUCUGUAUCGUGUUUGCCAACGCUGAUGGCGGAGAAGGCUAUCUCAAGUGGUCAUCCGUCGCAGGUGAUCGAAACGAUUUAUUCUUGCAGAAGGGUGGAGAUAAUCUUAUCGUUUCUGUUGCGGAGGAUUGUGGUGGCGGCAAGGGUCGGACCAUCGUUGUCAUCCAUGCCGUUGGACCUGUCGUGAUGGAACGGUGGAUCGAGCACCCUGGGAUCGGAGCUGUUUUGGCUGCGAAUUUACCAGGACAAGAAAGUGGCAAUGCUUUAUCAGCAAUCAUGUUCGGUAAUGUCUCACCGAGUGGCAAAUUACCUUAUACCAUUGGAAAAUCUCUGGAAGAUUACGGGCCUGGAGGGAAGGUCAUGUAUACCCCGAAUGGCCUAGUCCCGCAGCAGGAGUUUACGGAAGGACUCUACAUUGACUACCGCCAUUUCGACAAGUUCAACAUCAAGCCACGUUUUGAGUUUGGCUUUGGGCUCUCUUACACUACUUUCAACUACAGCAACUUGCAGGUGACAGAAGUCAAAGCAAAGUCGAAAGUGGCUGGAGAUCGACCUGCUGACGGACCGACGCCGCCGGAUUUGGGCGACAAGAUUCCCGACGUCAGCGAAGCAAUCUUCCCUGCCGAGAUUCGCAAACUGAAAAAGUACAUAUACCCAUAUAUCAAAUCGGCAUCGGAGAUACAGUUGGGUGCCUAUCCGUAUCCGGAGGGGUACAAUGUGAAGCAGACCCCAUCCGCCGCUGGAGGUGGCGAAGGCGGUCACCCGGAUCUCUGGGACACGCACGUCGCAGUCCGCGCUGAUGUUGGGAACGAUGGCGCUGUCGCGGGAAAGGCUGUGGCUCAACUUUACGUAUCGUUUCCUGAUACCAAUGGCGUGAGCUUUCCCGUUCGUGUUCUGCGGGGAUUUGAAAAGGUCUACCUUGCACCCGGAGAGUCUCAAUCCGUCGAUUUCAACCUGACACGCAGAGACCUGAGCUACUGGGAUACGACGCUUCAAAAUUGGGUCAUGCCAGAAGGGACGUUUUCCAUUUCAGUCGGCGCCAGCUCCAGGGAUAUCAAGCUUUCAGCACUACUGAGACUAUUUUUCGCAUUGUUCCACAGCAUUGUGAAUCUCAGGCGAUGCAUGAGGAGUGAGGCAGACUGGCGCUUAAUCAUUGUUGUCAGACGUGGCUGUGCCGCGUCUACAAGGCACAUGGCACAUGGGCGGCGGGCUUCCUUCAUUGUUAUGCUGACCUGGCAGUGCAGGGUUAUUGCCAGCCAAGCCCACCACCAACAAGAAGCCGCCGGCGCGGAGGAGCGCGUGGUCGUCACCCCUGUCUAA